AUGGAUGGUAUCCUAAAAGAAGCAAUCCUACUAAAUUCGGGGCCAGCACGACCUCAAGUAGGUUCCCAACCUCCUCCUAUGAACCUCCAACCUCCUUCACUCGGUAUCCAGCCUUCUGGUUCCCGACCUACUCCUUUUGUUGUCCAACAACCUCCUGUUGUUGUCCAACAACCUGCUGUUGUUGCCCAACAACCUCCUGUUGUUGUCCAACAACCUCCUGUUGGUGCACAUUGCACAAUUACCUCCUGUUGGUGCACAACAACCUGCUGUUGGUGCACAACAACCUGCUGUUGUUGUCCAACAACCUCCUGUUGUUGCACAACAACCUGCUGUUGGUGCACAACAACCUGCUGUUGGUGCACAAUUACCUCCUGUUGGUGCACAACAACCUGCUGUUGGUGCACAACAACCUGCUGUUGGUGCACAAUUACCUCAAGCCAAUCAAAGCAGGGAUAG